AUGGGUAUUAAAAUUAUCGGAUUUGGUAAAUCACCCACUACUCUUAGAGUAAUUCUUACCCUUCAAGAGUUAGGUCUAGAACAUGAAUUUGAAGAAGGCGUUUAUAAUGAAAUGAAAUCACCUGAUUUUCUUGCCACAAAAAAUCCAUUCGGGAAAGUCCCAGUAAUGAUUGAUGACGGUUUUACACUUUACGAAUCGCGUGCAAUCUGUCGUUAUCUCGUAAACAAAUACCAAGGAACCAAGAAUUCUACAAUUUUGAUUCCAAAGGAUAUACAAAAGGCCGCUUUGGUUGAACAAUACUUAUCGGUCGAAAGUUUAUAUUUUGAUUUACCAUCAACAGCCAUUAAUUUUGAAGAAAUUGUUGCUGUAAAGUAUAUGAAUAGAGAAGCUGAUGCUGAAAAGGUCAAAGAAGCAAAAGAAAAAAUUGAAAAUACAUUGGAUAUCUAUGAAAAAUUUCUCGAGGGAAAAGAUUAUUUGAUUGGUGAAUAUUCUUUGGCUGAUCUUGUUCAUAUAGCUAAUAUCUAUGUUAAUGUUCAUAAAACUAGCGCUAAAGAUGUAUAUUAUGAUGCUAAAAGACCCAAUGUUGUUAAAUGGGUGAAAAGGAUUUUCGAAAGACCUGCUUGGAAACAAAUAGCAGCAAAUCUUAAUUCCGACUAA